GCAGCAACAAACAACGUUUUACUGCUGCAAUCAACAUUCAACUCGUACAGUAGGAGGAGUACUAGAUUAGCAUUUAGCAGCCUACUCCUCUUUGUUUGUUUCUUCCUUCCACAAUUUCUCCUUUUCUUCGUUAUUCAGCAAAAUUAAAAAACAAGGAUCAUCAUUUGCUUCUAUCUCUCUGCUUCAUUAUAUAGAUAAGAUAAGAGACGGAGAGUGAGGAGGGGAGUAGUGUUGGGUCUCCACUCUCCGAUGAUGGGUAAACCUAACCCUAACCCGGAAGAGGAAAAGAGCCUCCGGGAGGAGCUGUUGGGUCCCAUCUUGCUGGGAGAGCGCAUCAUAAAACUGGCUCAGGAGGCAGAGUCGUCCAAGGUGGACUGCGCGGAGCUGGCGCGGAAGGUGCAGGUGGUGUGCGACAACCUGCGGUCGGUGGUGCGCGUGGUGUCGGGGAGCCAGUGCGGCGUGAACGAGCGUCCCAUCCGGCGCAUAGUGGGCGAGGUAUCGAAAAACCUAGAGCGCACGGUGGCGCUGGUCCGCAAGUGCAAGAAGCACGGCGGCGUCCUCCGGCAGGUGUUCUCGAUGACGAGCACGGGCGACUUCCGGAAGGUGUGGAACCUUCUGGAAUCUUCGAGCGGCGACAUGGAGUGGCUCCUGAGCAUCUUCGAGUCGAAGGGCUCCAACGUGUCCCUCCCCCCCAUCGCCAGCAACGACCCCAUCCUGGCUUGGGUCUGGACCUUCAUCUACACUCUCCAAUUGGGCCAGCCCAAGGACCGCGCCGAAGCCGCCACGGAGCUUGGUUCCCUGGCCCGAGACAACGACCGUACCAAGUUCAUCAUUUUGGAAGAAGGUGGGGUUCUUCCCCUCCUCAAGCUUCUCAAGGAAGGCUCUUCCCCCGACGCUCAAGUCGCUGCUUCCAAUGCUCUCGUCAACAUCACCACCAACCAAGACAGGGUCGUUGCUUUCCUUGUCGACUCCCAUGCUGUCCCCACCCUUGUUCAGGUCCUUGGUGACUCCCCCAUGAGGGUUCGUGUCUCUGUUGCCAAUUUAGUCUCUGCCAUGGCUGAGCAAUGUGUUGUCGCUCGCGAGGAGUUCGUCAGGGCCAAUGUCACUAGACCCCUUGUGUCAUUGUUGUCCAUGGACACCGUCCUCGCCGACCCCAUGGCCGGCCGCGCUAGCCUUCAUUCGCUUGUUCUCAAUUUGUCCAAUGCCGGUGACGCCACCUCCGAUGGGAGUAGCCGAGGCUCCAGCCACCAUAGGAGGGACAGAGAAAGGGAGGUUGAGAGCCCCGAGUUGAGGUAUCAUGUCAAGGUCUGUUGUGCUAAGGCUCUUUGGAAACUCUCCAAAGGGUGUCUUCUAACUUUCAAGAAGAUUACCGAGACCAAAGGCUUGCUUUGUCUCGCCAAGAUCAUUGAGUCUGAGACUGGGGAAUUGCAGCUCAAUUGUCUCAUGGCUGUCAUGGAGAUCGCUGCGGUGGCCGAGUCCAAUGCUGAUCUUAGAAGAGCUGCUUUUAAGCGAACUGCGCCCGCCCCCAAGGCGGUUUUGGAUCAGCUUUUGAGGGUGGUUAAGGAAGAGACCAAUCCAGCAUUGCAGAUUCCUGCCAUUAAGGCAAUUGGUUCCUUGGCUAGAAAUUUCUCGGGAAAGGAUCCGCAAGUUCUUGCUCCUUUGGUUGCUCAGCUUGGUAAUAGAGAUGUUGAUGUAGCCAGUGAGGCUGCCAUUGCCUUGGGGAAGUUUGUGUGCCAGGAGAAUUAUAACUAUGGUGACCAUUCUAAGGCAAUAGUUGAGGAGCUUGAUGGAAUUCCUAAGCUAAUGAGCCUGCUGCAGAUAAAUCAUCGGCAACAAGUGCAUGGCCUGAAAUUACUUUGUUUCCUUGCCAUAAAUGUAGGCAACAGUAAGGUCCUUGAGCAAGAACGUGUCUUGGGUACCCUAGAGAGGCUUGCUCGUCCUGUUCAAUCUCAACAUCCUGAAUUGAAGGAUCUCUUCGCAAAGGCCAUACACCACCUCACUCUUUAUCAGCCAGGAGCUCAAUUGCACAGACAGCCCUUGGGGCUGUAAGCACCGCUGAUUUCGUUAAUCAAAAUAAUGAUCCUUGAUUUCCUUCUAGAGAUCUAAAUUCCUGCAGAGAUGAUAUGAAUAAACUGAAGGCACGUAUUCCUCAGAUUUAACUACCUCUGUAAUCAAAUUCGGAAGAAAAAGAAAGGAGAAAAGAAUAAUAGAUUUCAAAUUGUUGUGUUAUUAAGUGUGAAGGGAGGAAGGGUAUGAAUAUUUUGCAUUGUUUGGUCGAAGCAUAUCAGGAACUUGUACAAUAUUACUGAUGACGUAAGUUAGCCUGAGGAUUUCUUGGGAUGUACUUCAAUAGGCAAUCUAUCUUAUGCUUGAAGAGGGUAGUGGCAGUCAUAAUUUUGAUUCAAAAUUUAUCUUGGUUGCCAUAUCUGUAGAGUUCCUUGUUAUUGUUCACUAUAUGAACCUACAUAUAAUGCAAUGGGUAAGGUUUGUACAAAGUUAUCAUGUUAUGGAUUAGUAGAGUGUCUUCGAAGUUUGCAGCUUGCACUCUGGAUAGCACUAGUAUGUUGUUUUUAACAGCGGGCAUGAGCAUCUUGCGUUGUUUUGUGGAAGCAUAAUAUCAACUUGUACAACAGAAUUGAUCAUAAAUGUUGACAUGAGGAUAUCUUGGGAUGUUCUGAGAGGCAAUCCAAUAUUUUAGAAGAGUGGCGGUUGGUGAGGAAUUCAAGACAAGCUUACUGGCAAUAUUGAUUCAGAAAUUAUCCUGUAAAAAUUCUAAAGAAUUCCUUGGUAUUAUGGACUGCAUAAAUCUACAUAAUGGACUGUCUGAAGUUUGUACAAAAUUGUCAUGGAUUAAAAGGGUCUCCAAAGCUUGCAGCUGCCUUUCUGGAUAGACAAGGUGGCUAAGUCUUCAACAAUCCACAUGCAUUUCCGUUUUCUGCUGAGUUGCGGUAUAUCUAUCCCGAAGAUACUUGUGACAAGGCUGGAAGGUACUAUCUUUCGUGGAAUUAGUGUGAUAACUUCGUUAGACCUAAUCUGUUAAUUGCUAUUAAAUGUCAUCACUGGAAAGGGAUUUUGUUGUAGGUUGUAACAUAGUAAUCAGGUUGAAGACGACAAAUGUGUUGAUGACAGCAGAGUAGACCACUCUCAAUUCCCAUUUUCUUCGGUAUGCUAAAUUUUAGUCUGUUGUUGUACAGGCCUUGUCACUGGUUUUCAGAAAACAAUAUGCAAUGACGUUCCUUGAGUUUAAUUGAUUGCAAAGACCAUUUGAGCACGUGAUCACAAAUUUAGUUGCUCGAUUACGUAUCUAAUACUAUCAAAUUUUGAUUAGACGUCCUUAUAUAUUUUAAUGCACAUACAGUGUAUACUUGGUUGAA